UCUCUCUCUACGUACCCUAAAUACAAUCGACCUCUCUUCUCUCUCUACGUACCCUUCUUCUUCUUCGAAGUUCAGCGUCUUCAAGCUCCAUCCAUGGCUGCCAAACCCCUCCACAUUGCUAUGUUUCCAUGGCUCGCCUUCGGACACAUCAUGCCGUACCUCGACCUCGCCAAACUCAUUGCCGGAAAAGGACACACCAUCUCCUUCCUCACCACUCCCCGGAAUAUCCAGCGCCUCCCCAAACUCCCGCCGGAAUAUUCCUCCUCCAUCUCCUUCGUCGCAAUCCCUCUCCCUUCCGUCCCCGGCCUCCCCGCCGGCGCCGAGGCCACCAUGGACAUCCAGGGCGCCACAGAAAUGGGCCUCCUCAAGAAGGCCUUCGACGGCCUCGAACCCGCCGUCGUCCGCUUCCUCGAGGCCGCCGUCCCCGACUGGAUCAUCACCGACUUCGCGCCGUACUGGCUGCCGCCGGCGACCGCCCGGCUGGGAAUUUCCAGCGCCUUCUUCUUCAUCAUCAACGCCUGGUUCCUGUCCUUCUUCGGGGCCGCCGAAGAUCUGGUUAGCGGGUCAGAUUACAGGACCCGACCCGAGGACUUCAUGGUCCCUCCGAGAUGGAUCAAAUUCGACACGCGGCUGGCCUACCGCCGGUUCGAAGCUAAUUGGGCCGUCGGGACGGGUCAAAACGACGAAUCCGGGCUUUCCGAUCAUUACCGCGUCGGCAAGACUAUAAUCGGCGGCGACGCCAUUCUAAUCCGGCAUUGCCACGAGUUCGAACCCGAUUGGCUGCCGCUGCUGGAAGAGCUCCACCACCGGAGAGUCGUACCGCUAGGCCUAAUGCCCCCACAAGUGGACUCUGCCGGCGAUGACGACGAGGCAUGGAUUCCGAUCAAAAGUUGGCUGGAUCGGAAAGAAAAAGGAUCGGUAGUCUACGUGGCAUUCGGGAGCGAGGUGACCCUAACUCGGGAACAACUCACUGAGUUGGCUCACGGCCUCGAGUUAUCCAAUGUUCCAUUCUUUUGGGCUCUGCGUAGGAUUACUGACUCGGCAGUGCUCCCAAACGGGUUCGAGGAAAGAGUGAUGGGCCGGGGGAUUGUGUGGAAGAGUUGGGCCCCACAAUUGAAAAUAUUGAGCCACGGCUCGGUGGGCGGAUUCUUGACUCACUGUGGGUGGAGUUCGAUCGUGGAAGGCCUAAUGUGCGGACAUCCCUUGAUUACAUUGCCGUUUCUAGUGGAUCAAGGGUUGAAUUCUAGGAUCAUUGUCGAUAAGGGAUUAGCGUAUGAAGUUGCGAGGGACGAGGAGAACGGUGCGUACACAAGAGAGUCGGUGGCCGAGUCGAUGAGGGCCGUGAUGAGAGAUGACAAAGGAGGAAAGUUGAGGGAGAGAGCUAAAGAGGUGAGUAAAGUGUUUGGUGAUAGGGAAUUGCAUAGCAAAUAUAUAGACAAGUUUGUGGAGUAUUUGGUAGAUCAUACAAGAGAGAAAAUGUUAGGACAUGAGGAUGAUGCCAAUUGAUGAUAGCCAUGAAUUGAAUAAUAAUGUGUUGUAUGAUUUGCAUUGUCAUUUACAUCUAUUGGCAUGUAAUUUCCUUUGUGCUUGUUUGUUACCUUUAGUUUUAAGUUUACCCUAGCAUGAAAAUGUAUGAAAGUAGUACGAGGAAUUAUAUUUUAUGUAUUUUGUUGAU